UUUGUAUUUUCGAUCCUACUGGCUUGGAUGCGGACGUACCUCAGCAGUGUGAAUUUCAACAAAGCUGGAAACAUUUAACAGCGGCGCUAUUUGAGGAGCUCUGAAGAUGUUUUUGUCACUGGCUUCCAUCAUCUUUUUUUUGGCUGUCAUUACUCCAGCUGCCCACAGUGGGAAGGUUCUGGUGUUUCCACAUGACGGCAGCCACUGGGUGAACAUGCGGGUCCUUGUUGAGGAGCUGCACUUGCGGGGGCACGCUGUGACAGUCAUUCGAGCCGCAGACAGCUGGUACAUCAGUGAAACGUCUCCACAUUACAAUGCAAUCACAGUGAACGUCAGCGGCGGUGGAAACGAGGAUUUUUUCCGUCUCUUUGUGUCUGAAGUUAUUAAAAUUAAACGAGGCAAGGGCUCCGCGUGGGCCCGUUUCGCUUUAGACAUGGAGUUAAAAGACAAGUUUUUUGAAUUACACAAGCAAGUCUGUGAAGUGGUUGUGCAUAUGUUUGAAAAUAAAGAAUUAAUGAAGUCCUUUCAAGAAGCCAAGUAUGAUGCGGUUCUGACAGACCCAGCUAACGGUGGAGGAGUACUGCUGGCUCACUAUCUUGGCUUGCCAUUAGUGUUCAAUGCUCGAUGGACUGUUCAUGGUGAGGCCCACUUCGCAAUUGCACCUUCUCCACUUUCUUAUGUCCCACUUCCACCUUCGGAACUAACAGAUCAAAUGACUUUUCUUGAGCGGGUCAAAAACAUGGUUUUUUACACCAUGAGAAUGCAUCUAUACAAGCAGAUAGUUGGACCACAUUAUUCUGCUGUGACCAACCGCUACUUUGGAUUGGAUGUGGGCUACUUCUCCCUGUUUCAAGCUGCAGACAUUUGGCUCAUGAGAGUGGACUUUGUCUUUGAGUUUCCUCGUCCCACAAUGCCUAAUGUUGUGUACAUGGGAGGGUUCCAGUGUAAACCUGCAAAACCUCUGCCUCAACACUUGGAGGACUUUGUGCAGAGUUCUGGAGAGCAUGGAGUCAUCCUCAUGUCUCUGGGGACUUUGAUUGCAGAACUUCCUCAUGACUUAGCCGAUGAGAUCGCUGCAGCUUUCGCUAAACUUCCUCAGAAAGUCAUUUGGAGGUAUAAAGGGGACAAACCAUCCACUCUGGGCAACAACACUUUGAUAGUGGACUGGAUGCCUCAGAGUGACCUCCUAGGACAUCCAAAUAUUAAACUAUUUAUAAGUCAUGGGGGAACAAAUGGGAUAUAUGAGGCUAUAUAUCAUGGGGUUCCAAUUGUAGGCAUUCCCUUUGUGUUUGAUCAAGCAGACAACCUCUCCAGACUGAGAGCAAAGGGCGUUGCAAAGGUUCUGGAUAUUUCUGAUUUGGACAGGAACAUAUUUUUGGAGGCAAUACAUGAUGUCCUGAAUGAGCCCUCCUACAAAAUCAACAUGCAAAGACUCUCCAGGCUGCACAAAGAUCAGCCGAUAAAGCCACUGGACCACGCCCUCUAUUGGAUAGAGUUUGUCAUGAGACACAAAGGUGCAGCUCACCUUAGAACAGAGUCCUACAGAAUGCCCUGGUAUUCCUACUACUCUGUAGAUGUUCUGCUAUUUUUACUGGCAGUUGCACUACUUUUGUCAUUGUUAUUUACUGGGCUAAUAUGGUUCUGUUUUAGACUGUGUUUUAAAAGAAAACAGAAAUCUGACUAACCAGGAAACCAUUUUCUCCCUUUUUCACUCAGUUUGGUUAAUAUUGAAAGACUUUUUAAAGAUAUUUACUUUUUGUCUCUCCUUUGGGUUUCCUGUAUGCAUUC